AAUAUCGCCCAUUGCUACCACAAACGUCAAAUUGUGGGCAUCAGAGGCAAAUGUUUAUAUGUUUUCUCUUAACUUUUUAAACUAUACCGUGAUAUUUAUUAGAAUUAUUAAGAAUAACAGUUGAUUCUUCCUCGAACGUUAAGCUAAACUACUAAAAUCGAACAUGGAUAACAGCGAGAAUAAGGAAUCAAUAGCUGUGCAUAUUAAGACGGAGGCAGACCAUUCAGUUGAGGGCUACUGUAAGUUGCCAAUAAAUACAAUUCAAAAGUACGAGAUAAAAAUCGAAGGCGAUAAGGUUGUUGAAGUCGCUGCUGCAGUACCAAUUGAUGAUGUGGUUGAAGAGGAUAAAGACGUGCCCAAAGACGAAGGCUUCGAGUGUGACGAAUGUGAGGAAACAUUUGCAUGCGAACAAACUCUCAGUCAGCACAAAAGCACCCGACAUUCUGAAUUUUCUUGUAAAUCCUGUGGCAGAUCUUUCGGAUCGAUGAAAAACCUUAACAUUCAUAAAGCCAGCUGCACAAGAAAACGAAAGCAUAAAUGUAAUGUUUGCUCUAAACCCUUCCAAAAUGCAAGUGCGUUGAAGAUUCACGAAAAAGUGCAUAUAAAAAGAGAAAAAGAGUCAUAUAAAUGCGAAACAUGCAACAAAAGCUUCGUUAUAAAGGGAUGUUUUUUAAAGCAUCAACAUACAACCGUUAAACCUGUUACCAGGCGGCACCUUUGCCAUAUUUGUGGGAGAGGUUUCUUUGGACAAAAGAAGCUGCAACGUCAUAUUUCCGGCGUUCACGGAGGAGUGAAAUCUCACGAGUGCAGUAUAUGCUCUAAAGGAUUUUCGUCCCUGCACAGUCUGCAGGUACACAUGUAUGUACAUAAUGGGAAGGAAAAACCAUUUAAGUGCGAUAUUUGUGGGAAGGGCUUCGUUUCAUUAUCGAUAACGAAGAAACAUUAUGGCGUGCAUACUGGCGAGAGACCGCUUAAAUGUGAGGUGUGCUCUAAAGGAUUUUUCAACCGUGUGGAUCUGGUAAUGCAUACAGACAACUACCACACUGAAAAACUAUCCAAAUGUGAAACUUGUGGCAUGGAAUUCAACACGAAGUAUGAUCUUAAAAUGCAUAUAUCAAGCACUCACAAUGAAUUUCUACCAUUUCAAUGUGAAACCUGUCUAAAGGUGUGUGAAAGCAACUAUAUGUUAAGGAAACAUCGAAGGAUUCAUUCCUCAUUAAAGACGUUUAUCUGCGACAUUUGUGACAGAGUUUAUGUCAUUGAAAAACUGUUCCGUAGGCACCUGCGCUUUCACGAGCGGCCAACCCAUUGUAAGAUCUGUGGUAAAGAAGUAACCCCGCAGUAUCUUGAUCGGCACAUGAAGAUCCACCUCAACGUGGCAAAGUCACACAACUGUGGGCAGUGUGGCAGAAGGUUUCAAUGUCCGGCCCAUUUGCAACAGCAUGUUUCACGAAUGCACGAACGCGAAUACUGGAGCUGUAGUCGCAAAAUAAGGCUAUUAAAAUCUAACAUGGAUAACAGUGCAAACAAGGAAUCAAUCGCUUUGCAUAUUAAAACUGAGAAAGACCAUUCAAAUGAAGAAUACUGUGAGUUGCCAAUAAAUACAAUUCAAAAGUACGAAAUAAAAAUCGAAGGCGAUAACGUUGCCGACGCUGCUGCUGUAAUAUCAGUUAAAGAAGAUGAAAGCGUGCCCGAAGACGAAGGCUUCGAGUGCGACGAUUGUGAGGAGACAUUUACGUGUGAACAAACUCUCAGCCAACACAAAAGCUCCCGGCAUGCUGAAUUUUCUUGUAAAUCCUGCGGCAGAUCUUUCAGAUCGAUAAGAAGCCUUCACAUUCAUAAAGCCAGAUGCGCAGGAAGUCGAAAACAUAAAUGUAAUGUUUGCUCUAAAGCCUUUCAAUAUGAAAGUGCGCUGAAGGUUCACGAAAAAGUGCAUGAAAAAGGGAAAAAAGAACCAUAUAGAUGCGAAAUUUGCAACAAAAGCUACAUCACAGAGGCACGUUUUUUGCAGCACAAACAUACAACCGAUAAACCCGUUACCCGGCGGCACCUUUGCGAUAUUUGUGGGAAAGGUUUCUUUGGAAAAAAGAAGCUGCAAGGUCAUAUUUCCGGUGUUCACGGCGGAGUAAGAUCUCACGAGUGCAGUAUAUGCUCCAAAGGAUUUUCGUCCCUGUACAGUCUGCAGAUACACAUGUAUGUACAUAAUGGGAAAGAAAAACCAUUUAAGUGCGAUAUUUGUGGGAAGGGCUUCGUUGCAUUAUGUUUGGUGAAGAAACAUUAUGGCGUGCAUACUGGCGAGAGACCGUACAAAUGUGCCGUAUGUCCUAAAGGAUUUUUUAACCGUGAUGAUCUGGAACAGCACACAGAAAACUACCACACUGAAAAAGUGUGCAAAUGUGAAACUUGUGGCAUGGAAUGCAACACGAAGCACGACCUUAAAACGCAUAUAUCGAGUACUCACAAUGAAUUUCUACCAUAUCAAUGUGAAACUUGUCUAAAGGUGUGUGCAAAUAACGUUAUGUUGAAGGAGCAUCGAAGGAUUCACUCCGUAUCAAAGACGUUCACCUGCGACAUCUGUGACAGAGUUUUUGUCAUUGAGGGGCAGUUCCGUAGGCACCUGCGCUUUCACGAGCGGCCAAACCAUUGUAAGAUCUGUGAUAAAGAAGUAACCCCGCAGUAUCUUGACCGGCACAUGAAGACCCACCUCAACGGGGCAAAGUCACACAAUUGUGGGCAGUGUGGAAGAAGGUUUCAAUGUCCGGCCCAUUUACAAACGCAUGUUUUACGAAUGCACGAACGCAAACGACUAGACAGUCUGUCCGAUGCUUAGCGGUUUUAUGAUUUCGCAGCUUCUUUGGAGUCAGUUGAGAAUUAAUUUAAUGCUCAAAGCACUAGUGCAGGGAUUCUUCCCUUCGGACAAACAAUUUAAUCACUGUAGUCGUAAAACUUGAAAAUAUAUUGCUGU